UGAAAAUUGGUUUUAUUGAAACAUAAAAAUAAUUUUCCUUCAAAUCCAACACAACCUGGGGCCCCUAAUAUUAUUAAAGAUGAGUGGUUGUAAAAUAUUUAAUGUUAUAGUUGGAACAACUAAUAAUAAAAUGUAUAAAUCCAUCUUGACUGUAAAUUAAAGGAAUCUUCACACCAUUUCAUACUACCUUUUCUAUCCAAAUAAGAAAAAAGGUUUUGAUGUUUAGCAAUUGUUAGCGGAAAAAGGCUAUAAAUGACAAAGAAAUAACUAAAAUCCAUACUAAAAGUCGAGGGAUGAAGCACAAAACACAAGUUAUGAUGGUUAUGAAAAACUUCGUUUUAUUAGCAGAAAACUCCUGGAAGCUUCAUAUAAAGUUGUAUGAUCUCAAGCUUCUACGAUGAUUAAAUAUGUUUUCAAAGCUCAAUAAAGGUUUUCAGUUUUCCAUCUAAAUUCACUUUCAUUUUAUUUUUAUUCACAUAUCAGCUACAUAAUAAACCAUUAACAAACAGACACAAAAAUUCCUUACCUAUUCUUUCUCCUCUAUAAUUUCUCACUACUUGUUUGUCUUUUUCAUUUUGCAGAAAACGAAUUCUAAGAGAUAACUUAUAAAUACUCAGCCCCUUUUAAUUAGUUACAACUUUUAUUUGCUUCUUUAUCCCUAUCAGGUAGUAGAGAUAAUAAUUUCCAUCAAAAAAAAGGAUGAAAUGGUUGGGUACCAAUACCAGUUUUGUUAGAUAAACCUUAUGAGGGGAAGAGGAUGAAACUGCAUAAAAUGAAACUUUAACCCUUAUCUUAAAGCUUGACUGAAUUCACUAGCAAAGAAAAAUACGUCAAAGAAGGAAGGACUUUGUGAAUCAUCGACUCACAUGUACAUGGAAGAAAUUUUUUGCGGUUCAUUAAUUCUGUAGAUGCUUGCAGAAGGCACAGGUUCACAGUAAUCAGAAAGGCAAGAGAAAAGAAAAUGAUUUCAAGCAAAAACGAUUUAAUAUGAAGAGGUUAUCUACUGGAGAAUGGUAGUUCCUCAGCAAGCUCAUGGCCAAUAGAAGAAAGGCACAGCUAUAGAAAUGAAGCAGAUUAGCCUAAUUGCCUAACUAUAAAGACCAAAAUGUGAAUAAAGUCAACAAUUCACAUAUAAGAACACUAAUACACUAUCAAUGCAUUCUUGUUUAAGAUAUGGACCAGAAAAUAGGAAAGAAAAGUCAACUUAAGGAUAUAUAAGACCAUGAUGUUACUUAGCAAAGGUCUAUUAUUGAUUUUAUUUAGUAAUGGUUAACCCUCUCAUGAAAAACUUUAUUCUUUUUCUUUAUGUCAACCUGCAGAUAGGAACAAAAGCGUACAAAAUUUAUCAAAUAUGAAGAAAAUCUCUUCUCUCAUCCCUUGCCCAGAAACUGUUUUACCUUUGGUGAUUGCUAUCAUCUGUCUGAAAAUGUCAAUGGGAGACCCAAGAUUACAUACAGUCAAAAUCAUCUGUGCGAAUCAAGUUCAGAAGAACUCACCUCCUUACUUCAGAAAUUUUGUGACAACAAUGGGGAACCUCAACAAUGAAGUCCGGAACUCUGGAUUUGGGGAAUCGGUCUCAGGCUCAACUCCCUACACCAAUUACGGCCUUGCACAAUGCUAUAGAGACCUCUCCUCUCUCGACUGUAUAUUGUGUUAUGCUCAAGCACGAAUUGCUCUUCCUCAGUGCUUUCCCUCAACAGGGGGUCGCAUAUACCUGGAUGGCUGCUAUGCAAGAAGUGAGAACUACAACUUCUAUGACGAAUACCUGGGACCAGAUGAUACCACUAUUUGUAGCAAUAAAACAACAAAUGAGCCAACAUUCCCUGAUGCAGCUAGGAGGGCAGUCGUGAGAGCAGUAGUAAAUGCACCAAAUAAUAAAGGUUAUGCAAGUGAACAGGUGUUAGUCAAAAGGGCAAAGAAUGAAUCAGCCUAUGUUCUGGCCAAUUGCUGGGGCAGCUUAAAUACCAGCUCUUGCCAAUUAUGCUUAAAAAAUGCUUCUUCUAAAAUAUUGGGAUGCUUACCUUCAUCAGAGGGGCGAGCAUUGAACACUGGAUGCUUCAUAAGGUAUUCAAACAUCAAUUUCCUGAACAAUAAACCAAAGAGUGGAACUUCGAAAGGUACAAUUAUAGUGAUAGUAGUCAGUGCUAUCAGCUCCAUCAUAGUUGUGGCAAUUGGAAUAGCUGCUGGACUCCAUUUCUGGAAGGUCAGAAGAAUAAAAAAGAAACGAAGAGGAUCAAGUGAUAAUGAAUCAGUACAAAUCCUUUUUGACAAAAGCUUGAUUUUCAAGUACUCAACACUUGAGAAGGCCACAGGUUCCUUCGCAGAAGCCAAUAAACUUGGACGAGGAGGAUUUGGAACAGUCUAUAAGGGAGUCCUGUCUGAUGGUAGAGAGGUUGCUGUCAAGAGACUCUUCUUCAAUAGUAAACAUAGAGCAGCGGAAUUCUAUAAUGAAAUCAACAUAAUCAGCGGCCUGCAGCACAAAAAUCUAGUUAGAUUGCUGGGCUGCAGCUGUACAGGACCUGAAAGUCUAAUCGUCUAUGAGUUACUGCCCAACAAGAGUCUUGAUCGUUUCAUUUUUGAUCCCCUGUUAGGUAAAGCAUUGAACUGGUGCAAAAGAUACAUUAUAAUGAUUGGCACAGCUGAAGGUUUGGCGUACCUUCAUGAAAAUACAAACACAAGAAUCAUCCACAGAGACAUAAAAGCAAGCAAUAUACUGUUGGAUUCAAAAUUUAAAGCAAAAAUUGCUGAUUUUGGUUUAGCCAGGACUUUUCAGGAAGAUAAAAGCCAUAUUAAUACAGCUAUAGCAGGCACACUGGGAUACAUGGCGCCAGAGUAUUUAGUACAUGGUCAGUUAACAGAGAAAGCCGAUGUAUACAGCUUUGGGGUGCUUUUGUUAGAGAUGGUCACAGGAAUACGAAUCAACAAGCCAACAUCUGACGACUACUCUGAAAGUUUAAUAGCAAGCGCAUGGAAGCAUUUCCAAAGGAGAAAUGUUGAAGAUAUUCUAGAUCCAAACUUAGCACCACCAGAAGAUUAUAGUGACAGUGAUAUCAAGAAAGAAGCCAUGAGAAUUGUGCAUAUAGGACUUCUGUGCACCCAAGAAGUACCUUCACUUCGGCCAUCAAUGCCAAUGGUACUACAAAUGCUGAAGAAAGAAGGGCAACUGCCUUCACCUUCUAGGCCACCUUUUAUUGAGGAAAGGAUUAUGGACAUCAAUGAUAUAUGUGAAAAUCCAACUUACCCUAUGAGAGGAGAACCUUAUUCUAUUUCUACUCUAUCCUAUAGCUCAUUCUAUGGAAGGUGAUACUAGUGAAGCAAAAAAAUGUAAUGGUAGGUUACAAAUGAGAAAAACAAUUCUCGCCGUAGUGAAGCAAGGUAAAUGAGCAAGAAGAGUAAAAGCAUAAUAUGAUUUUAUUGAUAACCAUACAAGUGACAAUUGAAC